AUGGUCACUCGACCGCCUGCAGGAGAGGAGGCACGUAGGGUGGUCCCAACUGGGCGUGGCCCGGAGGGCCUCCAGAAGAAAGGGGGAACUUUCCCAAGACAAGAUCAGUCUGGGGCCCUCACAGCUCCUGCACCUCAGACCAGCCAAACUCCGAAGAGGCUCUCGUCCAGGUCAGCGAGGCUGCCCUCCACGACUGCGCCUCGCGCCGGCACGGCCCCGCACCAGGGUGGCGGGAGGAGUCCAACCCCUCGGGGUUGUCUCCGGCCGGCACGGCCGGGUCCCGUUCGCUGUCCCGGGUCGCAACCCGUCGCGCUCGCAGCAGACUCCGCCCAGGCUCGGCGCCCGCGGCGCGACGCCUCCCCUGCGUCCACCGCGCCGGCCGCGCCCGCACCGACGUCGCGCCCGAACGGUCAGGGCGGAGAGGCGAGGCCUGGACGUCUGGCGAGCCCGGGCGGCGGAACUGACGCCAGCGGGCUUCCGGGGGUGGCCCCCGGGGAGGUCGGCGGCGGCGCCGCAGUCGUGGAGGGGCAGUGGGAGCGUAAGCGGCCGUGGGCGACGCAAUCGCGUGCUGCCUCCCGACGGCCGCUCUUCCUGACCAGAGCUUUCGGAGUGCGGUGGCUGAGGAGAAGCCGUCACCACCCCGCCUCGGGGCCGAGUCAGGGUUCCAGUCGCGCCGCGUCGCCCCCUGCGCCGCCUCCUUGCCCUCAGUGGCGGGCGCCCUUCUCACUCGAAGCACUCCCCCCAGCUCCAUGA